UGUAAGGACGAGAAAUCAUUGAACUUGCAGGAUGAGAGACAUAACGGUAUUGUGUUAGUAUACUGACAACAGAAAUGCAGGCAUGCCUUCUAUAAAUAGAACUGAUGAGACAAGUAAAUUAUUAAAGACAAGUACACAAUACAGGAGACGUGAUGUCCAACCACAUAAAGGAUAUGGCGCCCGACACACAUUCACGAUCCUGUCAUUUAUUGGAUAUUUCCAUCUAUAUGCCCUUCGUUUUAACCUCAGCGUUGCCAUAGUUGCCAUGGCAAACUACACAGAUACCAAAUCCGACCAAAAUUACACAGAAAGCGGUGUGUGCCCAGGACCGGCUCUAAACAGCUCAAAAACAACAACCAAUCAGGCUGUAAAAUUUGACUGGGAUGAGCGUACACAGGGACUUAUUCUCAGCUCAUUUUUCUACGGCUACGUUGCCACACAAAUACCGGGAGGAUACUUGGCUACAAAGUUUGGAGGGAAGCGAAUUUUUGGAUACGGCGUGUUGAUCACUGCCAUUCUGACCCUGGUAACUCCUGUUGUUGCAAGAGUUGGGACUUGGGCACUGAUUCUUAUUAGAAUUAUUGAAGGAUUGGCAGAGGGAAUGACCUUUCCAGCUAUUUCGGAAAUGCAAGGAAAAUGGACUCCAGAGAUGGAACGAACUACUUUACCUAUGAUUGCAAGUUCUGGUGCUGCUUUUGGUAAUGUUAUUGUUCUACCUGUCGCUGGGUACUUGUGCGACACUGACUUCCUUGGUGGAUGGCCCUCCGUUUUCUAUAUAUUUGGGGGAUCAGCGAUAAUUUGGUUCUUAUUUUGGCACUGUCUAAUAUUCGAAACACCGUCUGACCACACCCGGAUCUCAGCGGUGGAGAGAUUGUACAUAGAAAGUACUGCAUCGGUAAAGAGAGCAACGGCUUGUCAAACUCCAUGGAAAGCAAUUUUGACAUCAACUGCUAUGUGGGCUAUAAUUGUGACGAACUUCAUGCAGGCCUGGGGAAGCUACAUCACAAAUACGACACUGCCUACUUACAUGAAUAAAAUACAAAAGUUUGAUAUUACUAAAGAUGGAUUAUUGAUGGCCCUACCUAUGCUGAUGUCUAUGUUUACCAACAUAUUAGGGAGCUUGUUGGCGGAUUUCCUGCGAAGAAAGCGGUACCUCUCGACAGUCACUGUGCGUAAACUGUUCAACACUUUAGGUCUGGUGCCUGCUGCACUUUGUUUACCAUUUAUAUAUAUGGCCGGAUGUGAACAUGUUUAUGUUGUCGCUCUCAUCGUCGUUGGAAACGGAAUGUUAGGAUUUCUUGGGGCGGGGGUUACUGUAAACCUUUUUGACAUUGGAUAUAAUUAUUCAGGUAUAUUGAUGGGUUUAGCCAACUUUUCUUCAAAUCUUCCUGGAGUUAUGUCCCCUUAUUUUGUUGGACUACUUACUAAUAACAACGAAACAAUGAGUCGGUGGCAGACGAUAUUCUACGUGUCCAUGGGUGCUUAUAUAAUUGGGACCAUCGUAUUCUUGUUAUUUGCGAAAGGUAAAGAAGAGUCCUGGAACGUGCAACCGGAAGAAACAACGGAACCUUACAUCACAAUUCAGGAAUCUGCUGUGACAGACAAUAAUUUACCUAGAAUAAAAUAUGCCGACACAUACGGCUUUUAAAUUUUUAAAUUUCGACUCAGGAACCUUAGCAGAAUGUUUCGUGGAAUACAUUACCUUUCUUUACAAUAAGAAUUAUUUAUCAUUGACCUAGCGUGAUAUUGACGCAAUGCAGUACAAUCGGCUCCGGGUGAAUGCAAACCCAAACCGUCGGCAAAUUCUGGAAAAAAGUGAACAAAUACAGAAAACCCCAACCAAUUCAAGAAAAGGGAGCCAACACAGAUCACGCGCAAAACGAACGCAACCUGAAAUUCAGGAGCGGUUUAAAUGGAAGAUCUGAUGUUAAAAUAGCGACAGGGGACAGAAGAAAAAAACCCGAUGAGGAAUUGUCUCGAACUACAGAGUUUGGAAUGGAAUUGUGUAGUAGGACGCAAAAAUAGCUCAGUGAGACAGCCAGUGAUGCGUUUUUUAAGUGGUAAAUCAGUUUUACUUAUUCUGUAGAAACAUGUAAUGAUUGAAGAAGCAAACUAUUUAUUUCCUGAGAGUGACUCUCGAACAGCAAUGUCGAUAGAAACGUGAACAGAGUGAGAAACUGGAUGAUCAUUAUUUUGU